AUGAUUAUCAUCGAUAAAACAAAGAGAGUAUGCCAAAUUGUUGAUUUUGCAAUUCCUUACGAUACAAGAGUAAACACGAAGGAAGUUGAAAAGAUAGAAAAAUACCAAGAUCUUGCCAGAAAACUAGGAAAGCCAUGGAAAAUGAAAGUGGUCAUCAUUGAUUCUAGUAAUUAUAUCAGGACGUUAUAGGAACAACACCAAAACACAUUGUAAAUGGAUGACAUAUAGGAAUUAAGGCAAGGAUAUUGGAGUUGCAUUUAUUAUUCAUUCUUCUAGGAUCCUCAGGAAAGUUCUAGAUAUUUGUUGUCUGUAUUUCAGAACUAAACACCGCUGACGAUAUGGUCAAUGUGACACUGAUAAAUAAUAAUAAUAAUGGAAUGAAAAGAUUGAAAGAUGACAUACGAGAACCGUUUAACAAUGAGAAAGACUUACCGGACAAGUAUAGAGAAAUGUACAACACAGUAUUUUGGGAAAGCGAGACGAUGAGAAAAAUAUUAUCUGGACUGUUGACAUAA